AUGAGCAAUGGGGAAGAUGGACAUAUUUACAUGUAUUCAGAUUUAUUUAAUUCAAAUUUAAGCGAUAAUGAAAAUGAACAUAUAUAUGAAAAAGAUAAAAAAAAAAAAAAAAGUGUAGUAUAUACAAGCGAUGAUUAUUUACAACAUGGAGAGAAUGAAUAUAGUAAACUACGAGCUGAAAAUUCUACAAUCUUAAAUAAUUACUUUAAUAAUGAACAUAUAAAACCUUCCGAUAAUGAUACAAAUAUUAAUGCAUCUUGGGAUGAUAUUAUUAUAUUCCCAGUAGACAAAAAAUAUACUCUCAAAUUAUUUGAAGGUGAACUAUCUGAAAAUAAACAUACAAUAAAAUUGAGAAAACCUGGGUUUUACUGUAUCGCUUUGGAGAAUAAUAAUGAUGGAAAAUGGGAUACCAUAUAUUUCGGUUUCUCAAAAAUGCAAAUCGAACUAAAUUACAAAUUGAUAGUAAAAGAAAAUUCAAUAAAUGAAGAAGGAACAGAAAAGGAAAAAGAAAAUACAAAAAAUGAUCGAAUAUCAAAUUUGGGAAAAAAUAAGCAAACUUCAAAUGAAGAACAUAAUAAAAGCAUACCAGAGGAAAUUCAUUCAAUUUCAGAUAUAAGUGAUGAAUUACUUGAUAUGUAUAAAUAUACUUUUGGAGAAUCUGAAGAUUUGUUUGAUGACAAAAUAACAGAUUCUAUGAAAGGGAAAAAUAAUAAUAUGAUUGGUAAUAAAAAUAAAUUAAAAAAUAAAAAUUAUAACUAUAAUUCUAUGAUAAAAAAUAAAUAUAAUUCUAGAUUGGCUCAUGAUAAUCAUAACACUAUAGAAACAUUUAGAUGCACUUUUAAUAAUGAAAGCAAAAUCAGAGUCUCAGCAAAUGCAAAAAAAUAUAUAUAUUUAUAUAGUAAAGAUCCAGAUACAUACUUAGAUAUUUUUGUACGUACCCACAUGGCUCUAGGAAUGUGUAUUAUGUGUAAAUACUCUUUGCUUUAUUGUGGCAAGCAAAAUAAAAUUCCUGAUGAUCCCUACGUCCCAUUUAGAAAGCCGGUGUCUAUUCUAUCUCUUGACAGUGGGGGUGUCUUGGCAACAUCAACACUUAUCGUUUUGACUCGAAUUGAACAUGAGCUAAGAAAAGAACUGGGGAAUGAUACUAUAAAUUUAAUAGAUUGUUUUGAUAUGGUUUGUGGAACGAGUGCAGGAGGACUUAUAAGUUUAGCAUUAUUAGAAGGAUAUUCUUUACAAGAGAUUUCAGCAUUAUUACCUUUUAUUAUGGAAAAAACAUUUGAAGGAAAUAGGAAUCUAAUAUCCGGAAUAUUUUUCGAGGGAUAUGAUAUUAAUAAUGUUAAAGAAUUAUUUAUGAAGCAUAUUGGAAAUAAGUUUCUAGCUUCAUGCAAAAAUUUAUAUUGUUUUGUAACAGCAACAGAUGUGAAACAUAAUCCAUAUAAAUUAUUUUUAUUAAGAAAUUAUACACAUAAAUAUAAUGCUAUAAAUGGAGAGUCAUAUGGUGGGUUAAAUAAAAUUCCAUUAUGGCUAGCUGCAUGGGCAACGGCAUCUGCUCCGACAUAUUUAAAAGGCCCAAAUGAAGACGAUUUUAAAACAUAUGGUUUUAAUAUAAAGCCAGAAAUUCAUUUAGUUGAUGGUGCAUUAAAAGCAAGUAACCCAGCAUUAAUUGCAUUAGAAGAGUGUGCAAGAUUAAACAAUAAAGCUUUACCAAAUUUUAUACAUGAUGAUUUAGAUACCUUAGUAUCUAUUGGAACUGGGCAUUCACCUAUGAAAUUGACUAAAUCUGGUAAUGAUAGUAGUAAAACUGCAUCUACUUUUGAAAUAUUAAUUAACUCAGCUCAUUUAUUAACACGGGCUAAUGAUACACACAGAGAGGUAUUACAUUGGCUUUCUGAAAAAGAAAAUACAUAUUUUCGAUUUAAUGUACCAUAUAUAGGAGAUAUUAAUAUAGAUAGCCGAAAUACUGAUGAUUUUGAUUUCAUUUCUAAAUCCACACGUGAUUAUUUAACUGAUGAAAAAUAUUAUGAUAUUAAAUAUUUAGUUCGUAAGCUAGCUAAUAAUUAUAUUCGCUCCCGAUAUACAUAG